UUAGCCUGUGUGUGUUAGCCUAUGUGUGUUAGCGUAUGUAGUGUAUGUGAAAGUGCGUGGGAGUGUCAAUGUAGUGUGUGCGUGUAUAUAUAGUUUAUCGUUUACUCUUGGAACCAAACGGAACGAAACGGGGAGGGACCUACUUGAAUUUCUCCAAUAGAAACUCUCGUUUUCGUUGCAAAACGUUUUCCGUUUGGAGUGAACGGUUUCCGUUGCAAAACGUUUUGCAACCGAAUCCGACUAAUUCAUAAAUCAUAAAUCCUCUCUUAUACACAUACCAGGUAUAUACCAGCAAUGGUGUGUGUGUAAGAAAGGAUGUAUCAAUGUAUACUUGAUUUAAUUCCAGAUCUCAGAUCCACCCGGGUGGGAGAACUGGGUGUAUUCAUUAUUUGGAUCAGUGAAAAUAAGAAUAAUGUUUGUUUAGUUGUGGAAAGCUAUUAAAGUGUUCUCAACAUAAAUAUUUUGAGGGAAAAGAGGGGGUAAUUUUGACUUCAAUGUAUUUAUAUGUAAGAAAACAAAUGUAGUUUUCUCUGUUUAUUGUCUCCUUUCAUUUGAUUGAUUAAUACUGUUGAGUCUUUUUAAAUUCACAGGCCACACUGCUGACCACCAGUCCUGUGACAGUAUCUGAUGCAGUAGAGGCUAUAUUAUUAUCAUUAUGUGUUGUUCCAUAACAGAUACUCCUAUCCCCCAUAGUAUAUUGUUCCCCUGUCAGACACUCUUCCCCCAAUAAUACCAUAAGCCCCAUAAGCCUUUUUGUGGCUGCAGUAGCCCACUGUAGGAUCAGGCAUUUCCACAGGAUACCCUGUUUGUAAAUAUUCACUGAUUCUCCAUUAGCUUACUCUCAAUGACAAUGUUCUAUAGAUCAUUCUAUCCUCACAAUGCAUUAUAUGUUAUGAUCAAGCUGUUUAUACUCUGUUAUAAUACUGUUCUACCCUAAAACAAUGACGUCGUGGUUGGACGGAAUCUGAGAGUGUCUGCUCCUUCCUAUGUUCCAUAUUCUACUCCAUAUAGAGAAUCUUCUCUAACAGGCCUCCAUGUUAUUUCUAGAAUGAAUGUGUACCUGCAGAUUGUUCUAUACAGUAGUGUGGUGAUGGUCCUAUACCGUAGUGUUGUGAUGGUCCUAUACUGUAGUGUUGUGAUGGUCCUAUACCGUAGUGUUGUGAUGGUCCUAUACCGUAGUGUUGUGAUGGUCCUAUACCGUAGUGUUGUGAUGGUUCUAUACCGUAGUGUUGUGAUGGUUCUAUACCGUAGUGUUGUGAUGGUCCUAUACCGUAGUGUUGUGAUGGUCCUAUACUGUAGUGUUGUGAUGGUCCUAUACCGUAGUGUUGUGAUGGUCCUAUACCGUAGUGUUGUGAUGGUCCUAUACCGUAGUGUUGUGAUGGUUCUAUACCGUAGUGUUGUGAUGGUCCUAUACCGUAGUGUUGUGAUGGUCCUAUACCGUAGUGUUGUGAUGGUCCUAUACCGUUGUGAUGGUCCUAUACCGUAGUGUUGUGAUGGUCCUAUACCGUAGUGUUGUGAUGGUCCUAUACCGUAGUGUUGUGAUGGUCCUAUACCGUAGUGUUGUGAUGGUCCUAUACCGUAGUGUUGUGAUGGUCCUAUAUCGUAGUGUUGUGAUGGUUCUAUACCGUAGUGUUGUGAUGGUCCUAUACCGUAGUGUUGUGAUGGUCCUAUACCGUAGUGUUGUGAUGGUCCUAUACCGUAGUGUUGUGAUGGUCCUAUACCGUAGUGUUGUGAUGGUCCUAUACCGUAGUGUUGUGAUGGUCCUAUACCGUAGUGUUGUGAUGGUCCUAUACCGUAGUGUUGUGAUGGUCCUAUACCGUUGUGAUGGUCCUAUACCGUUGUGAUGGUCCUAUACCGUAGUGUUGUGAUGGUCCUAUACCGUAGUGUUGUGAUGGUCCUAUACCGUAGUGUUGUGAUGGUCCUAUACCGUAGUGUUGUGAUGGUCCUAUAUCGUAGUGUUGUGAUGGUUCUAUACCGUAGUGUUGUGAUGGUCCUAUACCGUAGUGUUGUGAUGGUCCUAUACCGUAGUGUUGUGAUGGUCCUAUACCGUAGUGUUGUGAUGGUCCUAUACCGUAGUGUUGUGAUGGUCCUAUACCGUAGUGUUGUGAUGGUCCUAUACCGUAGUGUUGUGAUGGUCCUAUACCGUAGUGUUGUGAUGGUCCUAUACCAUAGUGUUGUGAUGGUCCUAUACCAUAGUGUUGUGAUGGUCCUAUACCGUAGUGUUGUGAUGGUCCUAUACCGUAGUGUUGUGAUGGUCCUAUACCGUAGUGUUGUGAUGGUUCUAUACCGUAGUGUUGUGAUGGUCCUAUACCGUAGUGUUGUGAUGACUUUAAGAGAAUGAAUGAGGGCCUGCAGAUACUGUAGCACUGUGAUGAUGCAUUCCAAACAGUAAACGUGUCCCUUUAUUGUGGAUUACUGGAUAAUAAAAUGUAUUUUGGUAGACGUACAGUAUCAAGAGGGCCGUGGUCCACGGCACGUGGGUCAAUAAUGUGCAGGGCUAGGACAUCUGCAUUGAUGAAUCAGGGGUUUUAUCUGUAUGGACAGGAUCAAGGCCUUGGCAGCAUCUCAAUGCCACCAAAUCCCUGCUCAUUAAAAUAACAAAACCUCUGGUUCGCCAACCUUUGAUUGAGUUUUAUAAAAGAGGCUCGUGGCCCUCUGUCCUGGAUAUUGCAUUGAGGAAGAGUGCUCUAACAACAGCCCAGACAUGAGUAAGAUCACGUUCUACGAGGAUAAAAACUUCCAGGGUCGCUCCUAUGAGUGCGACACGGACUGCCCCGAUGUGCACCCCCAUUUCAGCCGCUGCAACUCCAUCAAGGUAGAUAGCGGCUGCUGGGUGCUGUACGAGAGGCCCAACUACGCAGGCUACCAGUAUGUACUGACCAGGGGAGAGUACCCAGAAUAUCAGCGCUGGAUGGGCUACAGCGACACCAUUCGCUCCUGCCGUACCUUUUCUUAUGUGAGUAGCCGGGAGGCCAGCGGCAGUCCCUACCGCAUGAGAAUCUACGAGAGGCCAGACUUCCAGGGACAGAUGAUGGAGUUCGGCGAGGACUGUGACUCCGUCCAGGACCGUUUCCGUAGCCGUGACAUCUACUCCGCCAACGUCAUGGAUGGCUACUGGACCCUCUACGAGCAUCCCAACUACAGGGGCCGCCAGUACUUUAUGAGGCCCGGCGAGUACAGGAAGUUCAGCGAAUGGGGAGCCACCUGUGCCACCACCGGCUCCUUCCGUAGGAUCACCGACUUUUAGGCCCAACGUCCUCUCCACUCUGACCAGUCAAUAAAACGAUUGUUUAAAUAA